GCCGUCCCCUUUUUCCUCACCUCCUUCCGGCCCUUCGUUCUCGCCCCAGAGCCUCUCACUCCAUCCCGCGUGCGUUCCCGCGUGUGUUCGUGCGUGCGUCAGUGAGAGCGUGCCGGCUGCCCCCACGCCCUCGCCUCCGCGGACCCCACACGCCAGUGUCCCCUCUCCCCGCUGUCUUCCCCACUUUCAGAGAUUGUUCCCCUCCCUGUGUGCAGGCGGCCGCCAUGUGCUCCCUAGCAACGGGCAUCACCGGCGCCAGGCGCCGGCUGGAGGAAGCCGAGGGCGAGGAGGAGAUGCCCGCAUUGUCGGACAGCGGAGACGAGGCGGCCUGGGAGGAUGAGGAGGAGGAAGAGGAGGCGGACCCCCGCCGCGAGAAGCAGCAGACCCCCUGCCUGUUCUGUGACAGGUUAUUCACUUCUGCUGAAGAAACAUUUUCUCACUGCAAGUCUGAACAUCAGUUUGAUAUUGACAACAUGGUUCAUAAACAUGGACUUGAAUUUUAUGGAUACAUUAAGCUAAUAAAUUUCAUUAGACUUAAGAAUCCAACUUCAGAGUAUUUGAAUUCCUUAUCCAACCCAGUCCCUUGGGAGAAAGAAGAAUAUUUGAAACCAGUGUUAGAAGAUGACCUUUUACUUCAGUUUGAUGUAGAAGACCUUUACGAACCAGUGACAGUCCCAUUCUCGUAUCCUAAUGGGCUCAGUGACAACACGUCUGUUCUUGAACGGUUGAAGCACAUGGAAGCCAGAGCACAGGCUGCCGAAGCAGCAUUAGCUAGAGCCCGGGAAGACCUACAGAGAAUGAAACAGUUUGCACAGGAUUUCGUGAUGAACGCAGAUGUCAGAACCAACUCGUCAUCCACCACUACCAUUGCAGACCUUAAUGAGGAUGAGGAUGGUGUUUAUUUCAGCUCAUAUGGGCAUUAUGGGAUACACGAAGAGAUGCUAAAGGAUAAAGUACGAACAGAAAGCUAUCGAGAUUUUAUAUACCAAAAUCCACAUAUUUUUAAAGACAAGAUAGUUCUGGAUGUUGGUUGUGGAACUGGAAUUCUCUCUAUGUUUGCAGCUAAAGCUGGUGCAAAAAAGGUCAUUGGAGUUGAUCAAUCCGAAAUACUUUAUCAGGCAAUGGAUAUAAUAAGGUUAAAUAGACUUGAAGGUAGUAUUACUCUGGUCAAAGGAAGAAUUGAAGAGGUUGAUCUACCUGUUGAAAAAGUAGAUGUUAUCAUAUCAGAGUGGAUGGGCUAUUUUCUCCUCUUUGAGUCUAUGUUGGAUUCUGUCCUUUAUGCAAAGGACAAAUACUUGGCAAAGGGAGGAUCAGUCUACCCUGAUAUUUGCACGAUCAGCCUAGUGGCAGUAGGAGAUCCAAACAAACAUGCAGAUAGGAUUGCUUUCUGGGAUGAUGUGUAUGGGUUCAACAUGUCAUGCAUGAAAAAAGCAGUUAUUCCAGAACCUGUUGUGGAAGUUUUGGACCCAAAGACAAUUAUUUCAGAACCCUGUGGCAUUAAGCGUAUAGAUUGUCAUACUGCAUGUGUCCCUGAUCUCGAGUUUUCUUCAAAUUUCACCCUGAAAAUCACAAAACUAUCCAUGUGUACGGCAGUUGCUGGCUACUUUGAUAUCUUUUUUGAGAAGAACUGCCACAAAAAAGUCUUAUUUUCUACGGGUCCCCACAGCACCCAAACUCACUGGAAGCAAACAAUUUUUCUACUUGAGAAGCCAUUUUCAGUUAAAGCAGGUGAGGCCCUAAAAGGAAAGAUAACCAUUCAAAAGAACAGGAAGGACCCACGUUCUCUCAUCGUUACUCUUACAUUGAAUAACUUAACUCAGACCUAUAACCUUCAAUGAAAGCUAUUCUGUGUUUAGAAAAUUAAGUGAAGACACAUUGGGUAAAGAAACAUGAGCUUCAGGGCACUUGUUCCUUCAGUCUCUUGAAGAAGAGAAAGGGAAGAGGGGUUUCCCAUAAGCGCCAACUGAUUAAUUUCUAAAAUGGGAUUUACAUAAUUAUGUACUCUAAAUCGAAUAACAGCCAGUAUAUUUCCUCUGCUGUGAAAAAUGAAAUCAAAACUGACUUAAAUUUGGAAUUAAUGUACCUGAGAGAAAGACGUCAUAUAAAAUACAAUCAGAAACAAUUUAGGUGAAAUAUUUUACUUGUCCAACUUAGGUCAUCCUGUUAUAGAUGGCCCUUAGGGUUAUCAUCAGUGUUUUCAUAUUGUGAGUGCUCUAUUUGGAUAUCCUUUCAAAUAUUAUCUAGUAUAUGUAAAGUCAAAAGCUGUAUUUAGAGGUCCAAACUAUUUUCAAAGACCUAAAAGUUCAUACAUAUAUUAUCAUUUGCUAAUCUAUUGACUUUUUCCUCUUCUUUUUUUCUUUUGUGAGGCAAUUGGGGUUAAGUGACUUGCCCAGAGUCACACAACUAGGAAAUGUUAAGUGGCUGAAGCCAAAUAAGAAUUCAGGUCCUUCUGACACCAGGUUUGGGGCAACUAGAUGGCUCAGGGGAUCUAUCCACUGCCCCAACUUUUUCCAAUUAAAUUAUGUACUGGUAAGAUGAAGUUUGGUUAAGCAUACAACAGUUAAUGGUAAUAUUGAACAAUAUUUCACUGUCUAAAAUUGUGCUAUUUACAAUUACUGCCUCAGGUCGAAAAAAAAAAGUGGCAAGCAUUCAAUAAAUUAUAUAUCAAAUGCUAUACUCAGUAUUUUAAAAUGGGUUCCACAAACAAAACCUUUUGUUCCUUAACAAAAACAAAUUUUAGAGUCAUGUGCCAUGUCAUGCAGAUCAGAAGAUAGAUCUUUCUCAGUAUGCAAGAAUUAUAUAAUUAUUACGUUUCUACCAAAGAAAAUUCUUUUCUCUUAGGUGAAAUUUGGAAACCCCAGCUCCAACUAUCUACUAUGUGCUAUCCCAAUAAUAUAAAUGGAAAUCAAUAUAUUUGUAAAAUAAAGAGAAAUUGCAUUAUCUCCAUUGGAGUUAGAUUUAAAAAAAAUUCAUCCUCAUAGUUUUUAUUUCAAGAGUAAUUGAGAAUCAAAGUCUCCUCUCAGCCAUCUUUACUACCAAAUAUUACUGAUUUUAAGGUCAAAUAGUAAGGUUCAGAAAAUCAUCACCAGAUACUCAUCACCACAUUCCUUCAGGUGUAUUGGUGCUAAACUUAACCUAUCUCUUGAUAUCAAAAUGACUAACUCAUUCAGUUUGUAGGUCAUAGCAAUAAAUUUUAAUAUAAGAAUUGGAAAGUGAGGCCUGAAAUAAUGAUGAUGAUGAUGAUGAUGAUGAUGACUAAAAUCGUUAAGAAUGUCUUUUCAUUUGCCUCACUGGAUUGAACAGAAUGGGCUGAUAGAAUCAAACGGGGUCCCACAAGAACAUAUAAUGCAGGCCAAUGAAUUCAACAACCACCAUCAGGAUUCUUUUCCAGCAUGGUAGGGCCAAAUUAGACCAAAACUUUGACAUCUGUUUCUUUAUAAAUUCAAAUACCUAAGAAAUAUUGUAUCCUUCCCAAAGAAUAUUAAAAGGACUUUGCCUUUUAAAAGGAUAUAAUCAAGGAAUAUGAAUUUGUCAUUAACCCUAAACACAAUCUCAAAAUGUGGCUAAAUUUCAGAAUAGGCAAUAUUAUUAAGCCAUGUGUGACAGUAAAUGGAACUAUUUAAAGAAGGAUUUCCCUUUAUAAAACUUGGCUCUAUUUGCAUGGCUUGCUGAUUUGAUAGACCAAUCAGAUUUCCUUCUAUUUAGAUAGAAGCCAUUAUAGGCAACAGUUAUUUUCAUGUUGGUCAUUUUUGACCAUCCCAGAAAAGAAAUAUAUCAUGUAUCUCCUUAACAAUAGUGCAGGGUUAUAGGUAAAAAUGACUUAGAACCUAGAGAGGCACCAACAUUCAGCACUGUAUUUUCCUCCCUGCCACUCCUCCAGACUUUCCUCUCAGGAUAAAAGCUCCCAACAGCAGCAACCCAACUGUGCCAGCUUCCUUUCAGGGACCCUAGACUGCCAGCCCUAACGGUCUUACUGCUGUCAUGCCCUGCCCCAAAGCUGGCCUUGUCUCGCCCACUAUGCCUAAAGUCAUCUACUUUUUCCUCAUUCCUAGCCAUCUUUAUUUAGAGCUUGAGACCUUGGUUUUGUCAACUAUACUUUAGGAGUGUUGGUAAUGCCCCCUGCAAUUUGCUCCUAAGACUCUCCCCUUAAUUGAAUUUGCUGCGGAUACUUGAAUGGCUAGUUACCAACUCUGUCCUCUGCACCUAUGAUAUCAAACUCAAAUAAAAACAGAAGCCACUAAAAUGUACAAAAUGAUCCUUAUAGUUCACACAUUGACUUAGAAAACCACACAUCUUUAUAUAUUAAUUUUUUUCAUUAAUAUGUUAAAAAGGAAUUACAUUUUAAUCUGGUUCUGGUUACACUCAAGAGUGUUGUGGACUAUAAGUUUGACAUCUGCACUAGAAUUCUAUUUAGCCACAUAUUAGUCUUAAAUACCAGGUCUUGGAAUAAAAUGUUUUUCCUUAAAAUUCUCUGAUAAAUAAACACAAACAUACUUUGACAAAUAA